GAUUUAAAAAAACAAUGUGAUCAAAAAUUAACGAAAUACUUUCUGAGAACUUUUCUGGCCGGUUUCGUCAGUAGGUGGCUCUGUUUAUAAUUACAUAGCUGUGUAGUUUGUCAUAUAGCAAACUAGUUUCCUUUUUGUGGAAACUCGGACAAACAAAUUUGCUUGUCUUGAUUUUAAAUAUUGAAAAUAUUAAAGUUUAAGUGCAUUUUAAGAACAAAUUUCAGUGAAAAGGCCACCAUCAAACUUCUGGCUGCCGAAAGCAAUAGUCAGGAGAUUGUGGAAUACGGCCAUUGGCCUGGAAAAGCGAUGAAAAAAAAGACGCAUGUGAAUUUUUACCAUGUAUUGUGAGCGAUAAAACCAGAUGAUAGUCUGUGUGCAAGCGAGAUAGCAAGUGUCGACGGACUGCCAGAGUAGACACAAAACUUAGUGCUGGGCCCGAGCCCAUUUCCGAACAAAAUUAUUAACUAGUGCGAGCUCUCACCUUCCGCCCGUCAUCCGGAACGAGUGAGCACCUCAAAAGAUAACAAUUUUGAUUGAACACGCAAUAUGGCGGAGGUGGUAGAGGAGCUGCCCGCAGCAGCCGCCGCCUCAUAUGCGGACGAUGUCGAUGCUUCUGUUAUUGUUGAGCCUGUAACAGGAUUGCCCCUCACUGUCAAUGGCACGGGCAGAACACUUCCACCGGCAGCUGUGAAAUUCGCCGAUCUCACAGAGAGUGGCAGCGAAAGUGGCGACGGCGACGGCGACGGUGAAGGCGAAGGCGAUGGCAGUGCCAACGCCAACAGCAACGGGGAGCCGGGCACCAGUGCAUCGGGCAGUGGCCGGACCUCGCCACCGCCGAAUUGUGCCAUCUGCCUGUCGCGCUGCAAGCGAAAAUGCUUCACCGACUCAUGCAUGCAUCAGUUUUGCUUCAAGUGCCUCUGCGAAUGGAGCAAGGUGAAAGCCGAGUGUCCGCUGUGCAAGCAGCCCUUCAAGACGAUCAUCCACAAUGUCCGCCCACUGGAUGACUUCGACAGCUAUCCGGUUCAGAACUCAUCACCGCCCAUACCAGAUCACCAUCCAGCGCUGCGCUUUCAAAUUGUACGACGUCCCAGGUUCAUGCCGCUUGUGCAGAACCAGUCGUCGAUGACGAACGACCUGGACGGCGCGGCGGCUGGUGAUGGUUCACAGGAUGGCCUGCCCACUGCUGAAUCGUCGGGUGGCCGCCACUCGUACAAUCGCUUCGAACCGUACCGCAUGGAGUUGAUGAAUUUCUAUCGUCACGACCAGGAUCCCGCCAUCUCGGGCAGUUCCCUGAGCCAGCUCUGGCGGCGCUACGUCUAUGAUCGCAAGCUAUAUGCUCUGCCAGUCAGUGAUAGCCUCACCGGCCACUUCCGCGAGUGGAGUGCUCGAUUCUACAGAAACAAUCCUGCCCAGAUGCAUCGCCUGAUGCCGUGGAUACACCGCGACAUUGUGUGCCUGCUGAGAAAUGCCGCGCACAGUGUCAGCACCGUGAUGCAGUUGAUGCACGACAUUCUGCCCUUGACGAACAUACUGGGACCCACAUUCCGGCGCCGAUUGUCACCGUUCUUGGGCGAGCGGACCAGUCACUUCAUCCACGAGCUGUUCAACUUCGCCCGCUCCCCAUUCGACAUGAUUGGGUACGAUCAUGUGGUCCAGUACUCGGUCCGUGUUGCGGAGGAGGUGGAAGUGGAUCUGCUAGACAUGGUCGAAACGCAGUCGUCCAACGAGAGUGACUUACAUUUGGAGGUGGGCGAUGGGGAGACUGCGAACGCCGAGUCCUCCAACGACUGGAACGCACCCAAUGAUCGUCCGUCCACCAGUGUGAUUGUGACCAAUCCCGGUGCCACACAUUCCUUCAGCGUGACAAUGGACAGCGAUGGCAGCGAGCUACCAGGGAUCUCAGUACGGCGUGCCACCACCUCAAACGUCGGCUCCCAGACGGUGGCCAUCAACUUGAGCAUGCGGCGUCCGGCCAGCGAGUCGGAAGUGAUCGAGAUCGAUGACGGCGAUGCCGCUGCCAAUGCCGAGGUGGCCGCCAUCAACGAUGGCAGCAACACAAACAGGCGCCAAGCCGGCGCCAGCAUCCCGAUUAGUGCCCACAUUGAGCUGGAAAGCAGCAGCAACUCCAGCGAGGAUGAUGAGUGUGUCUUUGUGCUGGAACUGAAGCCGCCGCAUUUGCGGACCCCCGAGCAGGUUACCCUCGACUCCAACAGCGACUCGGACGUUGUAUUUGUGAAUGAAGAGAAUGGGAGUGCGUCGGCCACGCAGCGUCCGUCAGCCACAGCAACAGCCGUAAAUGAUGCGGAAGAGAACGAGGCUCAAACGGCCAAUCAUGGCCUAUACAUGGGUCCCAGUACAAGCGCUGCCGCCAGCAGAGGCAAAAACUGGAAGCAGUGCUACGACUACGCACGUCGUCAGGAUCUUUUACGCAUCGCUGGCUCCACACGACCCAAACGCACCAGCAAUUCUCCUCGUCUCAUUCCCCAGUUAGCCAAAGCAGCAGUUCGAGCAGUAGCAGAAGCAGCUUCUGCAGUAGCACUGCCACACCAAUGGGUGCCCACCAGUGGAGCACGAGCAGCGACGAAAGCAGUGAAAAGUAGCAACAGCGAAAUCGUUUUGGCGGAGGCCAAAAGAAGAUUCCGCAAAGCCUUGACACGCAAGCGUUCGGCUCCACAGAAGCUCAAGAGAACAACGCGAAAGAGCAGCAGGCGACAGGUGGAGCAGGCGCCGGAACAAAGUCCCCCAAAGGAAGAGGAGGAGGAGGAGGAGGAAGAGAAGAAGCAGCCGGCGGCUGAGCCCGAGGCUGAGGCUGAAAGCAGUUCCGAUGGUAGUUCAAGCGAUGAUGAGUCGGGAGGCGACAGUAGCGAAGCGAGUGAACCCAAAAAAAAGAGUAGCAGUGACGACUCGGACGAUGGCAGCCCGAAACUAAAUCUUCAGCUAAGCGCCUUGCGGGCCGCUUUGCGGUCGGAGGCAGUGUUGGAGGAUCGAAAGCCGCUCAAGCUGGAGCUGCAUAUGCAGCAUGAGGAGGAGCGAGAGCAGGAACAGCAGCCACAGGCGCCACAUGUGACACAGGGGAUUAUGGAUCAGCAGUCGGAGGAAACGCAGCCAGAGUGCAGUGCGCCGAAGCGUCGUCGCAGCUGCAGCAACAGUAAUCUGUCCAGCCACAGUGCCAGCGUAGCGAGCAGCACCACAGCCAGCUCCAGCUCGGCUCUGAGCUCCUUCAACUGGCAAGCAACGAGCUAUGCGAGUGACCCUCUGGUGCGGGGCAGUGGCACCACCGACGUGCACGACAUAGCCCACUCACUGAUUGAACUGUCCACACUGACGCAUGAAAGAAACGCCGAGGACGGGGCAGACGUGGACGUGGACGUGGACGGAGGCGUCAGUGGAGGCUUGUUCAAUGAUCAGUCGAGUGGAGUCGAGGAGGCGAUUAGCUUUAUACGCCAUGCACUGCCUAACACUGCCAAUAGCCUAGAGGACAAUGUGCAUCUGGGACUGUACUCGGACGUGGAUGCAGAAGUCAGCAACGAACAGAGUCAAUAUCGGAUGGAGUCGGCCAUCGAUGUGGUUGGGGCGGAACCUUUGGUGGAAGCAGAUGCGGAUACUGCCACAGCCACCGAAGACGAUGAGGACGAUGAUGAUGAUGAUGAAAAUGAAAAUGAAGAUGAGGAUAAAGACGACGAUGAUGACGAUGAUGAUACCAACCUACCUAUGUAUAAGCAAAAUUUAUUAAAAUGUUAUGAGAACGACGAUGAUGAUCAUGAGGGUAAUGAUAAUGAUAACGACAAUGAUGAUGAUGAUGAUUAGCAAGAUUAGCGAGAGGAGCAGAGCAACGAUGCAAUGUUCGAUGCUGCCUUGACGUUGGCGUCUCUAGCAUAAGCUUCAACAGUUUAUUACUCUAAAAACUGUUCGAAAAGUGUAUUUAAAGAUUAUGGUCUUCUAUUCUGAAUCCUUAAAUAUGUUGACCUUGUCCCUAUAUAUUUUAAUAUAUUAUUUAAAUUGUAAUGUAAGCAAAUAGUUUUAUCCUAGGCCUAAGGUUGCCAUGUUAAGUUGUAAAUAUUAAAACCCCCUCUAUACCCCUAUUUUACAUAUAUGUUUGUAUACCUACCUACCUAGCUAUGUAUAAGCAACAUUUGUAUAAUGUUAUCCCACGCCACUAAUGUAUCCAGUCCCCAAUGGGAUCCUCUAUCCGAUAUGUGAUCCCUGAUCCCGAAGAUUGUCCCCUACCCAACACAACAACCCUUCCCCGCACAUGUUGUACAUUUUGUUUUUUAAGAGGAUCUUAAAA